AGGGGGCGCGGCCCAGAACGUCAGAGCGCGCACAUUCCUCCGCCUCGCGCCAGUGAGCGGAGCGCAGCGGUCCCCGGACUGCGUGGCUUGCCGAGCGACCCCGGCCCGGCGCUGGCCCCGCCCCGCGCCCAGGGGUCCCGGGGCGGGCUCCGGGUUCGGGCGGACGAUGCAGCGGCGCAGCCGGACCAGCGGCGGGAAGCAGAGGCGGAGGUGACGCGCGAGGGCCGGCGGGCCGGGCCAUGCAGCGUUCUCGGGCGGCUGAGGACGAGGCGGCUCUGCUCCUGACUGGGCUGGCCCUGCGGGAGCUGCAGCCAUGCGGUGACUCUCCGGGCCGGGGUCGGCAGGGGCCGCGGCCGGGGCCUGGAGACGAGGUGGCGCCGGCGCUGGGCCGCCGAGGGAAGGGCGGCGCCAGCGGCCCCGAGGCCGGGGUGGACGGACUGAGCCGUGGUGAGCGCGGCCCGAGGCGCGUGGGGGCUCCCGAGCUGAGCGCGAAGCCAGCGGGCAGCCCGCGGACCAGCCUGGCGGGCUUUGACGGCAGCGGUGGCAGCGCCCGCUCCAGCGGCAUCAGUCUGGGCUACGACCAGCGCCACGGCAGUCCACGCUCCGGCAGCACGGACCCGCGUCCCGGCCCCGGGCCGCCGUCGGUGGGCAGCGCCCGCUCCAGUGUGUCCAGUCUGGGUUCCCGCGGCUCCGCCGGCGCUUACGCCGAUGUGCUCCUGCCCGGUGCCGGCCCCGGCCCCGGCCCCGCGCGGACUCGCUCCCCGGAGCCUGCUGGGCCGGCCACCUUCCCUCUGCCUUCGCUCCCGCUGCCCCUGGGCCGAGAGGCCGGCCCGAGCGCAGCGGAGCGGCGGCUAGAGGCGUUGACGCGAGAGCUGGAGCGGGCACUGGAAGUGCGAACGGCGCGGGACUACUUCGGCAUUUGCAUCAAGUGUGGGCUUGGCAUCUAUGGAGCAAGGCAAGCGUGCCAGGCAAUGGGGAGCCUGUAUCACACCGACUGCUUCACCUGUGACUCCUGUGGGAGACGACUUCGUGGGAAGGCGUUCUACAAUGUGGGCGAGAAAGUGUACUGCCAGGAGGACUUCCUGUACUCCGGGUUCCAGCAGACGGCUGAUAAGUGCAGCGUGUGUGGACACCUCAUCAUGGAGAUGAUCCUCCAGGCCCUUGGGAAGUCCUAUCACCCAGGCUGCUUCCGGUGCUCCGUGUGCAACGAGUGCCUGGAUGGGGUGCCCUUCACCGUGGAUGUGGAGAAUAACAUCUACUGCGUCAGAGACUAUCACACGGUCUUUGCACCAAAAUGCGCCUCCUGUGCUCGUCCUAUCCUCCCUGCACAGGGCUGUGAGACAACCAUCCGUGUGGUGUCCAUGGACAGAGACUACCACGUGGAAUGUUACCACUGUGAGGACUGUGGGCUUCAGCUGAGCGGGGAGGAUGGACGCCGCUGCUACCCGCUGGAGGGCCACUUGCUGUGCCGCCGCUGCCACCUGCGGCGCCUUCGGCCAGGGCCACUCCCCUCACCUGCUGUGCAUGUCACGGAACUCUGAGCAGGGGCAGGAGCCUGACCCUGGGGCAGUGUGUGUUUGUGUGUGUGAGUGCGUGUGAGGGCAGGCGGGAUGGGUGACCCGGGUCCUGGUCGGAGCUUUGCGUCAUGGCGGCGCAGCUGCCCCGCCUCUGACGCCCACCACCCGCAAUUGCCACCAAGCUGCUGUCCGAGGGGCCGGCCCCACGGCAAAGCUACUAUUUAUUCACUGUCUGUGCCACCUCCAGCCGCUUCCUUCCGGCUUUGCCGCUCCCUAACCCCCCUUUCUGUUCCGAGACAACCCUUCCCUUCCCUCCCACGGUACCUGCCAUGAGCUUCUUAGGGGCAGGCACCCAGACCGAUGUGGGUGUAGAGGUGCAGGGUAUGCUGGGUGGAGCCAGUUUCCUGCCCCUGAGGGCCCAGGGACCUUCCAAAGCGCUCCGGGCAGGGUGCGGACUGGUGGGCGGCAGUUGGCAUAAGGGUGUGCAUGUUUGCGUGUCUCAUUAGGCGUCUUGCCCACCAGUGUGUGCCUUGUUUGGCUGGGGUCACAGGAGGGUGUGGGGCCUGCAAAAGAGGCUUGUCUUUGGCCAUUGUGGUCCCCGGGAUUUGGCCCCUUGGAUUCCAAUGGGUGUUUUCAGCCAUGAUCCCACCCCACUUCCCCAUCCCUAUCUCCAGGCUUGGGGAUUUCUCCCACCCCAUCCCCCAUCCUUCAGCCUCGGGGUGGGGGGGGGAGGGGGGGAAGAGCCUUCCUUUACUCGUUGAAUUCCAACCGCAAGUCUCGGAGGAGAGACCAUGAAGGGGCUACCUGCUCCCGCCACGGGAGCACCUCUGCUGCAGGAAAGCACUAUAUCAGGCUCCAGGACUAACGCAUGUGAUUUGACUUAAAUUAAGUUUUUCCUUUGAGAAUAUUUUCAUUUUCUUUAAAAGAAUAUGGUUUUCUUCUAAAACUUGGCCCACCAUUGUUAUUUUUAGGAAAAUUAUAAGAAGCUCACAAAUGUCCAUUUGUAUGUCAUAUUUUCAGGUGGUAAAAGCAUUGUAAUUUGACUAUUUUUGUAUAAAUGUCUCUAAAAUCCC